CUCGGUGCAGCAAUUUGCGGCCUUCUCUCUCUCUUGUUGCGUGAGUCUGUGGAGCUGGAGAAGUACAGGGGGUCUGAACCUGAAGAAACGAUCUGGUGUCCAAUGUGCUACCUUGCUGUGUUGACGGCCAGGCUGGCGACCCUCCUCUGCAUCAUCUUCAGUAUCCUGGCGGUGGCGAGGGCUGGCUACAGGUUUGAGAUUCACCUGGUCCGCUAUUGGAACCCCACGCACACCCUGAAUGACGCACGCACCUGCUGCGAGUACACAGUUUGUAAUGAGUGCGAGAACGCGUUUCGUUUCUGUGUCCAUGAGAGGGGCGCCGAGAGGACCUGUGAAGAAGAAAACAGAAAUGUAGACUGUAGCAUUGGGUUUAUCGAAACAAAACACAUUCGUGACAAUGACGAUGACAUUACUUUCACUGAUGGAGGAUCUGUUGGCACCACACUGACCAACCCUCUGUCUGUGACUGGAGACCUGUGGCCACGUGAAGUGGACAUCUGUUGGUCGGUGCACGAUCUCGAUCACUCACAGUCGAUAAAUGGAAACUCUGACCCAGUCUCAGCCCGUAUACUCCCGGUCCCACCACUGGUACCUGGGAACACCACCGAGGAGUUGCAGUUUGACACCAGCAACGCUCACAUCCGCCUGCAGUUCCGUCUGGUGUGUGAGGACCCCGACUCAGUCUCGGACUGCUUAGGGCCGUGUGUGCCCACUGAUAACGCCACAGGCCACUUCACCUGUGAUCCUGACACUGGAGAGAGAGUGUGUCUGGACGGAUACCAAGAUCCUUGGUCUAGGUGUACGGUAUGCAUCCCUUCCGCCGGCUGCAGUCCAGACAAUGGUUACUGUCUGCGGGCUGGAGAGUGUCUGUGCAGGGAGGGA